AUGCUCUCCAUCCCAUCACCCAACGCGCUCGACGCCUCUCGGCUGGUCAUCGAGCCCACUCCCUCUCCGAAACCUGUCCCAAGCGACUCCUCGACGCUCGUCUUCGGCCAAACAUUCACAGACCACAUGCUCACCGUCCGAUGGAACGUGUCGACGGGCUGGGACGCACCCGUCAUCAAGCCUUACGCGCCGUUGAUGUUGGACCCGGCUUCGACGGUGUUGCAUUACGCGCCGACGCUGUUUGAGGGGAUGAAGGCGUACAAGGACAAGCAGGGUCGGACGAGGCUCUUCCGGCCUGACCUCAAUAUGGCGCGCAUGAACCGCGGUGCGGCCCGCAUGGCCUUCCCGACCUUCGACGGCGCUGAACUCGUCUCGCUUAUCAAGGAGCUCCUGCGCAUCGACGACCGAUGGAUGCCAACCGACCCGGGUUGCAGCAUGUACAUCCGCCCGACUGUGAUUGGGACGAGGGCGUCUCUCGGUGUGGGUCCUUCGUCGGAGGUGUUGCUUUUUGUCAUCAUGUGUCCCGUAGCCAAGUACUACUCAAGCGGCGCGAAACCCGUCUCGCUCCUCGCCUCGACGAAAGACGUCCGCGCCUUCCCGGGCGGAACAGGCUCGUACAAGUUCGGACUCAACUACGCAGCGUGCGUCGCGCCGCAGAUGGAGGCGGCGCAGAAGGGGUACCAGCAGGUCCUGUGGGUUCUUGGUGACGAUCACGAGUGUACGGAGGUCGGAAUGAUGAACCUUGUCGGAGGAAAGAAGAGGGAGGACGGGGCCGUCGAGCUCUUCACGCCUCCGCUGAGCGACAUCAUCCUCCCCGGCGUCACUCGCAACUCUGUCCUCGCCCUCGCCCGCGCACACGCCGACCCUUCGAACCCCUUCACCCUCGAAGGCGUCCCUUCGAACCUGGUCGUCUCGGAGCGAAAAGUGACGAUGCCCGAGCUGCGCGACGCAGCAAGGGACGGGACGCUCCUCGAGGUGUUUGGGACGGGCACGGCAGCGGUCGUCACGUCUGUCGAGCGGAUCGGGUUCGAGGGAGAGGACGUCAAGGUCCCUGUCGAGGGUGGAAACGGGUUUGGACCGAUUGCGGGGGCGUUCUACGAGGCUCUGCAGGCGAUCCAGUACGGUGAUCUCGAGUUUGCGGACUGGAGUGUCGUCGUUUGA